AAGCAAUAACCCCUUGACAAAGGAAUGUGACUCUUCUUUGAUACUCUUUCUCUUACUUUCUUCCUUUCCAUUAAUAACACAAAACCACUCAACUCUACUCCUCUUCAAUUCAAUACCAUCAAGAACAAAGACUUCACCAUGGAUGUCCACGCUUCUUCUGCUCAAGAUCGAACUCUCAAUAUCGAUUCUGCAGGAGAUGAGGGUUCUUAUAGAAGGGUAGUCAAUGAGAUGAACCUCUUUCCUCAAGAUCAUAACGAAACGUCGACCUUGCUUCAUGCCAACAAAGAAACAGCUCCCAUUCAUGACCGAGAUGAGCAAGAAAUAAUCGAGCUCGAUGUCAAUACUUGUUUAAAUCUCUCUACGAUUAGCAUGAGUAGUGAGACGGAUCAGAUUUCAGUCAUCCGGGCAGACUUGAAGAAGAUGAAUACUGAGAAUCAACGUUUAAAGAGCUUGCUUAAUCAAGCCAACAAUAACUACCGUGCAUUACUGAUGCAUUUAUACACAUUUAUGCAAGCUCAGCAUGUCUUAAGACAUGGAAGAUUUCAAACUCCUGAGAUGGCGAAGAGGAUUGAAGGAGUCAGUGUUGCAAGGCAGUUUAUGGAUCUGGGUCAAGCUGGAAAGGAUCAUCAUGAACUUGCUCAAUCUUCUAUAUCGCCCGAAAAUAUCAUAGUUGAGUCCAUGGAAGCACAGAAGAUUAACGAAAUUGUUGCAGUUGAUCGUUUGGAUAAUAGAGAAGAGAGCCCAGAACGAGUUCAUCCAUCUGGGUGGAUUUCAAACAAAGUUCGCAAGUUUAAUUCUUCACAGACAAUGACGAUCAGAAAAGCCCGAGUCUCAGUUCGAGCUCGAUCAGAAGCGGCUAUGAUUUCUGAUGGAUGUCAAUGGCGAAAAUAUGGGCAGAAGAAGGCCAAAGGAAACCCUUGUCCUCGAGCUUACUAUCGUUGCACCAUGGACUCCAAUUGCCCGGUUCGCAAACAGGUACAACGAUGUGCGAAAGAUCGAACUGUUCUUAUAACGACUUACGAAGGCAAUCACAACCAUCCACUGCCUCCUGCUGCUGUGUCAAUGGCAUCAACAACAUCAGCUGCGGCGUCCAUGCUCCUUUCGGGAUCAAUGAUCAGCCCAGAUGGGAUGAUUAGCUCACCAAGUUUGGCAUCACUCUCUGCUUCAGCGCCAUUUCCUACUGUUACUUUAGACCUCACUCAGCACAGUCCCGAAAAUCCCACACAGUUUCAAUGCCCAGUAAGCCAAGUUCAUGGCUCUUCUCAAAACCUGCCUCUCAGUUCUCUCGCCAUGCCACAUGUUUUUGGUCAGCUGGUUAAUGAGCAACCAAACAAUAUUUUGGGUCUUCUUAGAACACUGAGAGUUCAAACUCCCUGUUUACCGCAAAAUGAGACGCAGGCGACUGUGCCAUAUGACAACAUGAGCGCGGCAUUAACGGCCGCCAUUAAAUCUGAUCCAAGCUUCACUGCAGCUCUAGUGGCCGCCAUCACUUCCAUUCUCGGCAAUUCUCAUGAUCAAAACCAGCAAAAUGGUAACAACUCUACAACUACAGGAAACAGCAGCGACAUGAACACAUGAGAAUCUGAACUCAGAAGAGAUCUAUAUAAAUUUAGGAUCAGCUACUUUCUAUCCCAUCGGAAAGCCAAAUGUUCUUAAUUGAAAUGAGAGUUCUUAGCGGUGGGUUAUUGUUAUGCCCAGCAGGGUAGUUGUAAAAAAAAUGCUUCAUUAUUAUGAGCUUAUGUUAAGAG